ACCUUUUAACCGGAAGUUAUAAAGUUUGUCGAUCGUCGAUCAAAAGAAAAUGUUUACAUAUUUUAUAUAUCAAUUUUCUUUUGUUUGAAGCAAUAUGGGUACUGGAUGUAGCAGUGGAUAUGCCCUGGAUCCAGGCAUUGGGAGUAUCCCAAGCUUCAAAAUAGUACUAGUUGGUGAUGCUGAAAGUGGAAAGACAAGUGUUUUCAUGCGCUACUUCAAAAAUCAGUUUGAUUAUAGCUACCGGCCUACAACCACAGUCAAUAUAGAGAAUGUAGUGAAGAAGUUGAAUGUUCCAGAGCAUACUGUGGUUUCCAUGGCGAUGUGGGAUCUACCAGGCAGGGAAGAGAUGGACCUUCGUACAAGCUAUUACAAAGAUGUUGAUGCUGCUAUUGUUGUAGCUAAUAUCGCAGAUCAGGAAAGUGUGGAACUCGCUAGCACUUGGAAACAAGAUAUCCUGAACCAUGCUGUUGUCUCCAAGAAGAGUGUUGUCAAUACCGCUGAGGGGUCAAAGGUUGUGACUGACUAUGAGCCGGCCGAUCACACACAGAUUCCAGUUCUCUUGCUGGGAAACAAGUAUGAUUUGGUUGAGGAGAGACAAGCACUGCAGGAAGAGAAUGGGAAUGAAGAAGAAGACAAACCAGUGCUGAUUGAAGAUAACAAGGAUGCAGAUACCCAUAGUCUAUCAAAGAAAGAUGAAGAUGAUGUCAUCAACACCAAGGAUGAAGACGGAGGAGGAGGAGAUAGGUCAAGCCCCGGUGCUGAGAAGAGGGAUGCAGAGUCUGAAAACCCGGGAAAAGAUGAAGAGGUGGAGGAUAGAGGGAAGGAAGGAAAGGAGAAGGAGAUGAUGGUAUGGAAAUAUGAGGAACAGCAAGAGGUGGAGGAGGUACCAGCUGAGAUCCAGUUCCUGGAUGACUUUGCAGAGAAACAUGGCUUUGUUGGCAGCGUUGCAGUCUCCGCAAAGAAUGCUGAUGGCAGCGUUCAUGCUGCCAUUCAAGCUCUUAUCAGACAUCUCAUUGAACGAAAGUUGAAGGACCGAACCCUGGACAGGAUGACAGAGGUCAAGGUCAAUAGGGUUAAGGUCAUAAAGGGCAAGAAGAAAAAGAAGAAAGACCCGAAAGCAUUUGAACCCCUGGAUAAAACUGGUAUCAAAGAGCUUGAUAGUCUAUUCAACAAAUGUAACCGCCACAUGUCUCUGAUCCAUGAGACCAGACUAGCAUACAGACAGUCUGUGCGUCUCUUCAAGAGCCAGUGUAUGGAAGCAGAGAUGGUUCCAGAAGGACCUAAGUGUUCUAUGGAAGACUGUGUGAGCGGCAUCAAGGCAUCCCUGGAGAAGGACAGUCUAGAGUUACUGGCUGAAGAUGAGAAUGGCUUUGUGACACUCCUAGUGAAAGGACAGGAAAUGGAUGAAGAUGAGAAAUCUGAAGACAUGAGAGAUUUACUUCAAACAUUUCAAACAGAGGUUGCAGUAGCAAGCAGGACAAUACUUCAUGAGUGUCCUGGUGCUGUCGCUGCUCUUCUGAAGCUGGACGGCCAGAUUGAACAGGACUGUGAGGACGCCAUCAAGAGGGCACAGCAGGAGAAUCCACUUACUACGCGAGAGCUGCGCGGUAUCCAGGACGCGGUUGAUAUGAGUAGGGCUCGCAUCAAACACUCGUCUGCGAUGGCGCACGAAUGCCUACAGGAUGUUGAGAGUUCGUAUAAGAAGAUCAAAGCUGCAAUGAUUUGGUAACAAAUUUAUGUGGUGUCUGGGAAAUUUGGGGAAUUUGGAAGGGUGUGAAAAUUGUGGCGAUGUCAUGAAGGGUUUCUGUAUUUUGGACUGAAUUUUGAAAUCAGGUUGGUGUUUCACAUUGAUUUAAGAAUGACUUAAAUCAUGCUAAGGUGCUAAUGUGCAAGUAUAGCAUAGGUCCUAUGUGCAUGGUUUGGUUUGACCAAUACAGUUAUGCAAUACUACAAUACAUGCAACACGGAAUUGAAGUGUGAUUUUUAGUCAGACUUAAAUCUUUGUGAAACACACCUAGAUCCAAGCAGUUUGUAUUCAGCAGGGCCCCGUCUUAUAAAGAGUUGCGAUUGAUCCGAUUAGUUGCAACUAUGGAAAGCCAGCAAAGUCAACAUACAAAAUGCAUGUUUGUUCAAAAAAAUUUCUAGAUAUGAAUGUAGAAAAAUUAUGACAUUGAUGGAUUUCCAUAGAGUUAUGAUUGAUUGGAUCAAUCGUAACUGUUUGUAAGACGGGGCCCAGGUCACCAAUGAAGAGUUUUGGUGUAUAAAAAAGCUCAUUGUAGGUUAUUACCUGGUGGAUGUUUCAUGAAGCUGUUUGUAAGUUAUGAGCGACUUUACGAAUGACUGGUGAUUCUUUCUUAGGCUUCAAGUCAACAUCAAUGUCAAUGAAUAUUUGGUGUAGGCCUAUAUCAUUUACUCAGAAAAAAGAUUACUAGUCAUACAUGAAAUCAUUUGUUACUUAUGAAUACCUUUAUAAGACACCCACCAGGUCUUCUGAUCAAUUUUAAUUGGCAUAUCUAGAUGUCAUAUAUAGUGAUAUAGAUUCAAGAGUGGAAAGUAUUCUCAACUAUGGAUAGCCAGCAAUGGCGCAAUCCUUAGUCUAAAAAAACAUGUACAGGUAACUCUGCCUAAGUCUUGGUCGACCUUCCAUAAGUCAAAUAUUCACCAAAGUCUAAGCAUUUUUUUGACCACAUUAUUCAAAAUAUGUGUUAUAUGCCUCUUCUAAAAGUUGAACAGAUUUCAACUCGGGCAGAGUUACCUGUUUGUUGAUUCUAUUGUUGUUUUGGAUAUGAAGAUCACAAGGAUUGAGAAAAAGUUGAGUUGCUGGCUUUCCAUAGUCUACAUUGCUUUGAAUCAAUUAUUUUUUAUAUAACAGUGCCUAUAUACUAUAGGUCGGGAGGGGGUGGUUAAUCUAGCAUAAAAAUGAAAAUACACUCUUCAAAAUCAAAUAUCGUGCGGUGAAUCACAUCUUUGUCUUCACAACGCAGAGCGCAAUUGUUUUUCAUCAGAAAAUAGUGAUUAAUUGGUGAAAUUCUUUAUAAACUUUUUUUGAUUGCCUGUGUACUUUUUUCAAACAGAUUAGAGCUACAUGUACUAGUACUUGUACUACAGAACCAUUAAAUGUUUUUAGUGUGGGUCUCUUUAGUAUUACGAACAAAAAUUAUGAGGAAGCAAAAGAUCACAUGGUCAAUUAUCAGUAUUUGCAGCUGACUUUUCUAAGAUUGAAUAAAUUGCAUAUUUUUGUGUGAUUCCCGUCCAUCAAUCAUCUUCAUGUCUUUCAUUGUAUGCAAACUUUUAUGAUACAUAGGAAUGAAUAUGUUAUCGCAAAUUUAUAUCAGCAACUCAUUAUUAAUCCAAUAACCGUAUGCAUUGAGAAUGAAUCGAUUGAAAAAUAACUCAGAUGUUGAAAUUUAUACAUCUUAUUUAAUAUUUCAUUCCAGUACAUUAAUUGGAAAACAUAAACAUUUUAUGUUUUAUCCAAAUGUAGUUUGUAAAGACUGUUUUCUAUAAUUUUCUUGUUUGCUGCCUUAGCAAAAAAGUCAUAUGCAUGUGUGGUAUUAGAGUACAUGUAAUUCUUUCUCCUAUUCUUUAGGUCCGUCCACAAUACAUGCAUUCUUAAUAGGAUUGUUAGUUUUCACGUCUUGUGUGGCAGUAUUUUAACAUGAUAUAUAUAUUUUUUGUAAAUUCUGUACAGAAUAUGUGAAUCAUAUACCCCAAAAGAUUUCUAUGUAAAACAUACUAAUGCAUUCUAUGGAAAUGUAGAUCAUUAUUUUUAUAUUUGAAUUUGGAGAUUUUAAAAAAAGUGAAUGAUUGGGGUGUUUCAUUAAGCUCUUUUUUAAAGUUAGGCAUGACUUUACGAACAACUUUGAUGGUAAAUGGUGGUUAUUUUUUUAGCUGAUUGCUAAGAAAGCAUGAAUGCUUAUAAGCAAGCAACCAGAGGACCGACGGCUUAAGGUCCUCUCUGAGGGACCUGGUAAUGAGGAUAAAUGCCUUACCAAAGGGCACUAUCGCACCAAGAGGGAAUCAAACCCGGUUCACCAGAAUCAGAAUCCACCGCUCUACCAACUGAGCUAUCCCGACUUGAUUUCCAAAUGAGUUUUCAAUACUUUUUAAUUGCAUUUGAGGAAAAGUUGCAGUAUGCACUUUUUAUUGGCCAUAUCUUUCUAGCAAAGUAUGUAUUUGGGAUCUUAAAUGUAAGAGGAUUAAUUGAAAUGCAAUUUUUUUGAAAGAUUCAGUCAUUUGUCAUACAAGCUUGGUGUUAAUGCAGCAGAAAGCUGCACUGUGGAGUUCUUACGGGUCUUAAUGAAACAGAAACAUCUGUAGUCAUGGAAAAAUUUACUACAGCUACAUGUAUAUGAAUCACUCCCUGAUCAAGUACUAGAUUAUCUGAGUAAUUUAUCAAGUAUUUAUUGAUAUGAGUGAAUGUAACAACAGUGCAGCAGAAUAGGUGUUCUAUGCACAUUCUGGUCUGUAUGCAAAUUAGGGGGCUGCAAACCCUUUUGACCCAUCUAAUUUUUAAUGUUUAUAGUUUAUGUAUAAACCUGCCUGUAUUUAACAUUGAUAACAUGUUGAAGAUAGAUCAGAUAGCAAACUGUAUACAUGUAGUAUGGAUGUUGUGAAUUGGUUGUGUAUAGAAAAUUCCAUUCGUAUUUAUGAUCUCUCUGCAAUCUUUGUAUAAUCAUUCCAUUUUUAAAUUAUACUUUAUGCAAUUAUGUAUAUAUGCAAAUUUUAUUCUUGUAAAUAGCAUGGAUACAUCUACAGUAGUAUCUUUUUUAUUAAAAAGAAAGAAAAUUUGAGAACAA